AUGGCACAAUCUCCUCAAAGACCCAAUGGCACCCUCCAGACUCCUAAGGCCGACAUGCCUCACCACGAUUCCCAAGACCCCCAGGAGGCGGGGCCCUCGUUGCAUGUCGGGGGCGAGAUAUUUCCGGUUGUGGAGAUCCGAACCACCGGAGAUGUUAUUCUUGAGGUCCAUUUCGAAAAUACCGGUGCAUGCAACAAAUCCAUCCCCAGCGAAGACAUCCGGAAAUUCAAAAUUUCAAAGUCGUCGAUACCCUCUCCACGAAUUUUCUACCGAGUCCGACUCGAAACUCUCAACAAGAAUUCCCGCUAUUUCCAACAUCUUCUAGGGCCCAGUUUUGCAGAGGGAUCAGCAAUCGCAAAGGCUUUUGCAAGUCUUGCCCAGUCGAAAUUGAAUCCCACGGAAAUUGAAGCGGGCAGGCUCCCUAGGAUUAAGAUUGUUGAUGAGGAUGCUGCAACUAGAACGAUUGGGAGGGAGACUAUAUUCAGCGAUAUGCUGCGGAUUAUGCAUGGCGCUGAACACGCAACGAGACCGUUUACGCUGAAUUGCUUGGCGGUCCUCGUUGUGAUGGCCGAUAGGUACAAUGCGCUACCAACCGUGGCUCGUUAUGUCCAAAAGACUUUGAAAAAUUUCAAGUAUCCGGUCACAUUGGAUACGAAAGCGGAAGAGGCUCUCCGACAGAAGAUACUUAUAUUCUAUCAUACAGACCAGGCAAUGCGAUUUGCUUCUGCCACAAAAGAGUUGAUAUUGAGGGGCUCAUCAAUAUGGAGUAGUGCCGAUGAGGCUACAACUGACUUCCAAACAGCCUGGUGGGAUCUACCUGAUGGCUUAGAAGGUGAGCUUGCUCACCGCCGAGCUUGCGUUCUUCGUACAAUCGCAUCCGUGCAAAUGCAAUGCCUAUCGCUCUACAGCUCAAAAGACCGGCAAUGUAAACUAGGAUACGACAGCUCCGGCGCCUGUGAUUCCUUCCAGCUCGGUGAGAUGGUCAAAUUCCUCACCCGGAAAGACCUGCUCUCUCUCGUCUCAUUUCAAGCUGCCUCCCCCGAUGACACUGACGACUAUAUUUGGCCAGAAAUUUAUUCUGGCGAUAUCGAAAACUUAGUUGGUCUCCUUCGACAAUGUCCCAGUUACCAGAUUAACCAUUAUCACUCGCAUUGUGGACUGAGAUCUAAAUUACUCCCGGCCCUUGAUUACAUUAAAAUAUGUGUUGAAAUAGGCAUCGGUAUCAAAUUCGGACGCUCGAGGGGUGAUUGGAAGAAUAACGCCUGGAGGGAGACAAGCAAGGCUAGAUCUGAGAAGAAGGCGUUUUGGGUUACUAAUGAGGAUGGAGAGCAUGUUGAUGUUAGCGGUGAGAAGACAAGAGCCUUUAAUUUCGCCUUGGUGAAUCAGAGAGCUACUUGGGGUAUUAACGAUCUGGGUGGCGAAAAGAAUGCUAGGAGUCUUUUUACAGCGGAGAAGUGGAAUUGGAUAAGAGAGCCUGAGGAUAACGAGAAGGCACUGAAGUCGAGGUUUAUGCGAGCUGACCCAGCACUUAAUUGA